CUUGCUUCACUUUUAUUGGUGAUACGAAUUUGAACCAACUUUAGUGUAGACUUUUAUCGUCACUUCGAUAAUAUAAUUCCAUUCCCAUUUAAAAAGAAACCAUCAAAGCAAGAACAAAGCUAUGUGAAACUACAAGGUCUUGGUCAAUUCAGUAGUAAUUCAAUAUGUCCUAGUUAGUUCCCCCUUUAUAUAAUACCAAGAUGCAGAAGUUCUGAAAAUUAACCAAACUCAAAAAUUUCCAAAACUUUAUAGAAUUAGAGGGACAACAUGGCUGGAGGGUUGCUUGGAGAUAACCUUGGAUUGAAGGAAGAUGUGAUCAAGAGGGUGUGUGGUUUGGCCUCCAAAGCUCACAAUCACAAGUCAACGGACAAGCUCUACUUUUACGAUAAGGUUCGGACUUCUUCGGGGACAUACCAUGUUUUCAGCUUCUCGGGAUCUUGGGAUCCCGCUGAAUGGUUUUUUAGCAAACCCUUUGGCGGAUCCAAGAUAGAUCCUACCCAAUUUCCUUCACUCAGAAGUAUUGGUAACGAUGAACCUGCUUUGGUGAACGAAGGCUUCGCAAAGAGAUUCGAUCGCGUAUUGAAAACUAGCUUUAAAGCCGAGGUGAAUAAGGCUAUUGGAGAUGGGAAGCAAGUAGUGUUUACGGGGCACUCCUCUGGUGCUGCAAUAGCCAUUCUUGCUACCUUUUGGGCAUUGGAAGAGUAUCUUAACCCUACAAAAAUCCAAAAACCCACGCCACCCUUUUGUGUCACUUUUGGGUCUCCCUUAAUUGGCAAUCAUAUAUUCUCUCACGCUUCAAGGAGAGAAAAUUGGUCUCGCUAUUUCAUACACUUUGUUUUGAGAUAUGACAUAGUGCCAAGGAUUUUGCUUUCUCGCUUGGCUUCUAUUAAGCAAACUUUUGGUUCUGUUCUCCAAUUCUUGAAUCCCAAUUCCAAAACUUCCACCCAGGAUCCAACAAGGGCUAGUUUAAUUUCUGAAUUUUACAAAACUGUGAUGACAAACGCAGCGAGUGUUACAAGCCAUGCUGCGUGUAUUCUCAUGGGAAGCACAAGUUUGUUACUUGGGACAGUGGCGAAUUUUGUUGAGUUGAGCCCUUAUAGGCCCUUUGGAACAUUUAUUUUCUGCAACGGAAAUGGACAAUUGAUUGUGGUGAAAAACUCAGAUGCUGUUUUGCAACUCUUGUUCCACACUGCUCAGAUGAGCGAUUUGGCAGAACUUCCAGAAGUUGCCAAUGUUAGCAUAUUGCAACACCAGGCCUAUGAGGCUGAAUUGGAUGAUAGCUUGGGAAUGCAGAAUGUAGUGUACUUGGAGCAACUAGAGCAACUUCCGUUGUCUGCUGAUGGUUCUAAUAGCGAUGUUGCAACAAUCAGUGCAGCCUUGGAUGGCCUUGGACUGAGCACAAGAGCAAGGCUGUGUCUACGAGCAGCUGGUGAGUUGGAAAAGCAGAAGCUAAAAAAUGAGGAGAAAAUCAAGAAGGAGAUUCAGGAGAAAGCCGUGCCAAGCAUGACGAAGCUUCAAAAUUACAAAACAACAUGUGAGAUGCACAAGGGGAAGGGCUAUUACGAUGCCUUCAAGGUGCAAAAUGAGGAAAACGACUUCCAAGCAAAUGUGAAGAGGCUUGUGUUAGCAGGGGUAUGGGAUGAAGUGAUUGAGAUGCUAAAGAGGUAUGAACUCCCAGACGAGUUUGAAGGGAAUUCAAAAUGGAUUGAACAUGGAACUGAAUUUCGUCGCCUUGUGGAGCCUCUAGACAUUGCAAACUAUCACCGCCACUUGAAGAAUGAGGACACAGGACCUUACAUGAUAAGGGCCAGGCCAAAACGGUAUAGGUACACUCAAAGAUGGUUGGAGCAUGCUAAAAGGGUGCCAAAACCUGCUCCUAUCACUGAAUCAACCUUUUGGGCUGAAGUAGAAGAGCUUUAUAGCUGGAUUAACAGCAAGAGGCAUCUUGAUGAUGAAGUAAAGCAAAGGGUUGUGCAGCUUCAGAAAGACCUUAAAAAGUGGACUGAUGAUGAGAAGGUACUAACCAAGGAUACGUUCUUGAAGGAUCCUAACUUUAUUAGGUGGUGGGAUAUUCUACCUCAGGAACUCAGGGUCACUUCCUUCUAGUCUUGUUACUGCUGUGGAAGGAUAGUGAAUUGGUGUUUUUUUCCACUCUAAAUUAAUGGAGAAGCUAUAGAAAUUUCGGCAUGCAGGUGCAGUGUUGGCUACUUCGGUGUUGUAACUUUGUAUUCCCAAUGUUUAUGAUUCCCAAGUUUUGUAUGACUUGUGAGUGAGAACCACAAAUCAUUCAGACUGUUGAACUAAAUAAAUUUGUUUAAUCUAGGGUCUGUAUUAGUGGGUUA